AUGAAGAAAAGUCGGGGUCUCUCUGACUGUCUCUGGGCCUGGACCCUCGUCCUCAGCACUCUGUCAGGAAGAAGUUAUGGACAGCCCUCCCAAGAUGAACUUAAAGACAAUACCACUGUCUUCACGAGGAUUUUGGAUCGACUCCUGGAUGGUUAUGACAAUCGUUUGAGACCAGGAUUGGGAGAGCGUGUAACUGAAGUGAAGACUGACAUCUUCGUCACCAGUUUUGGACCUGUUUCGGACCAUGAUAUGGAAUAUACAAUAGAUGUGUUUUUCCGUCAAAGCUGGAAGGAUGAAAGAUUAAAAUUCAAAGGGCCCAUGACAGUUCUUCGGUUAAACAACCUCAUGGCCAGUAAAAUCUGGACUCCCGAUACCUUUUUCCACAAUGGAAAGAAGUCUGUGGCCCACAACAUGACCAUGCCUAACAAACUUCUGCGAAUCACAGAGGAUGGCACACUGCUGUACACCAUGAGGCUGACGGUGAGAGCUGAAUGCCCAAUGCACUUGGAAGACUUCCCUAUGGAUGCCCAUGCCUGCCCAUUAAAAUUUGGAAGCUAUGCUUAUACAAGAGCAGAAGUUGUCUAUGAGUGGACCAGAGAGCCAGCUCGCUCAGUAGUUGUGGCAGAAGAUGGGUCACGCUUAAACCAGUAUGACCUUCUUGGACAAACAGUUGACUCUGGAAUUGUUCAGUCCAGUACGGGAGAAUAUGUGGUUAUGACUACUCAUUUCCACUUGAAGAGGAAAAUCGGCUACUUUGUUAUCCAAACUUAUCUGCCAUGCAUAAUGACAGUUAUUCUCUCACAAGUCUCCUUCUGGCUCAACAGAGAGUCAGUACCAGCAAGAACUGUCUUUGGAGUGACAACUGUUCUGACCAUGACAACCUUGAGUAUAAGUGCCAGAAAUUCCCUCCCGAAGGUGGCCUAUGCAACAGCUAUGGACUGGUUUAUUGCAGUGUGCUAUGCCUUUGUUUUCUCAGCUCUGAUUGAAUUUGCCACAGUGAACUAUUUCACCAAGAGAGGCUAUGCAUGGGAUGGCAAAAGCGUGGUUCCAGAAAAGCCCAAGAAAGUGAAGGAUCCUCUCAUUAAGAAAAACAACACAUAUGCUCCGACAGCCACCAGCUACACCCCUAACUUGGCCAGGGGUGAUCCUGGCUUGGCAACUAUUGCUAAAAGUGCGACCAUAGAACCAAAAGAAGUCAAGCCUGAGACAAAACCACCAGAACCCAAGAAAACUUUUAACAGCGUCAGCAAAAUCGACCGACUGUCAAGAAUAGCCUUCCCACUGCUAUUUGGAAUCUUCAACCUAGUCUAUUGGGCAACGUAUUUAAACAGAGAGCCUCAGCUAAAAGCCCCCACACCACAUCAAUAGGUUCCUUUAGUCGCAUUCUGUUGUUCAGUCCUCUGCACCGAGGAUCGCUUUCUGUUCUCAACGCAGUGAUUCCUAUCUGCUUUACUGCCUCUGUCUUAAAGAAUCUGAAGGUUUCCUUAUUUCCAUAUUUUAUACAAGAACAAGAGACCCCUGUCUGACAGUCCAGAGCAGACAGAGUAUUCAGCUUCGAGACAGGAUUCUGAGAGGAAGCCAGGGAGCAAAAUCAUGUCAGAAGGUGACAGACGUGACAGGAACGGGGAGGGGGAAGGAUGUCCAAAGAUAGGACGAAAAGUAGAAGAAAAACAGAGCUUAACUAUAACCACAGAGUCAUUUGUAGAUAUAUAUUUCCAAAUAUUCUCAAAAAAUAUAUAUGUCAAAAUA